AUAUUGUCACGUGACUUAUCAACUUUCACCCGGGAUGUCUACCUUUUAACUUCCCCUUAGCAACUGAGUGGCGCCUCCUGGUUCCCCUAGCAACUGAGGGAGGCCUCUACUGCGCUAACUAUCCCGGUAGCCUGCGCUUGAAAAGAUCAAAUUGACCCCAGAUUGUUGUUUCCCGGGACAAUCCUGGAUCUGUUUCUCGGUGAGGAGCUACUCCAUUGAUGGUGGCACAUUCUCACCUCCUACUUGUAGUCUUCACCAGCAAAAAUAUCAACAGGCAAGUCAAGAGGAACCCAGGUUGGGUGGAAAGAUGAACCGGCUAUACAACUCAUUGGAGCCGAGAGUGAUGGACGAUGACAUGCUGAAGCUGGCUGUUGGGGAGCAGGGCCCACAGGAGGAGGCCGGGCUGCUGGCCAGGCAGGAGGGCAUCCUCUUCAAGGACGUCCUCUCCCUACAGCUGGACUUCCAGAACAUCCUCCGAAUUGACAACCUCUGGCAGUUUGAGAACUUGAGGAAGCUGCAGCUGGACAAUAAUGUUAUUGAGAGGAUCGAGGGCCUGGAGAAACUCACACACCUGGUCUGGCUGGACCUGUCCUUCAACAACAUCGAGGCCAUCGAGGGGCUGGACACCCUGGUGAACCUGGAGGACUUGAGCUUGUUCAACAACCGCAUCUCCAAGAUCGACUCUCUGGAUGCCCUGGUCAAGCUGCAGGUGCUGUCGCUGGGCAACAACCACAUCGGCAACAUGAUGAAUAUCAUCUACCUGCGGCAGUUCAAGAACUUACGAGCACUCAGCCUCUCUGGGAACCCCAUCGCCGAGGCAGAGGAUUACAACAUGUUCAUCUUGGCCUACCUUCCUGACCUCGUGUACCUGGACUCCCGGCACAUCGACGACCACAUGAAAGGGCUGGCAGAGCUUAAACACCAGUUCAGCAUCGAUGAGCUGAAGCACCGGGAGAACCUGAUACAGGCCCGGCUGGAGGAUGAGCAGGCCCGGCGGGAGGAGCUGGAGGAACACAAGGCUGCGUUUGUGGAGCACCUGAAUGGCCCCUUCCUGUUUGACAGCAUGUACGCAGAGGACGUGGAGGGUAACAAGCUGGCCUGCCUGCAUGGUGCGGGUGAGCUCCUCGAAGCCUACAAGGACAAAUUUGUCGUCAUCUGUGUGAACAUUUUCGAGUAUGGACUGAAACAGCAGGAAAAGCGGAAAGUGGAGCUUGACACCUUUAAUGAGUGUGUGCAGGAGGCCAUCCAGGAGAACCAGGGACAGGGCAAACGCAGGAUUGCAGAGUUUGAGGAGAAGCACCUGCUGAGCUUAAGUGCCAUCCGAGAUGAGUCCGAACUGAGCAACCUUGAGAAGAAGAUAGUGGAGUGCAGCAAGGACAUCAGUGAGCUGUUCAACACGCUCAUGACCCUAGAGAUGCAGCUGGUGGAGCAGCUGGAGGAGACUAUAAACAUGUUUGAAAGGAACAUCAUCGACUUGGUGGGGCUCUUUAUUGAAAAUGUCCAAAGCCUGAUGGCACAGUGUCGGGACCUGGAGAACCACCACCAUGAGAAGCUCCUGGAGAUUGCCAUCAGUGCUCUUGAGAAGAUGGUCAAGGGCGAGCUGGAGGAGGACCUGCCCGAUGAGGUCCGGGCGCUUUUUGUGGACAAAGACACAGUUGUCAAUGCUGUUGGGUCAUCACAUGACAUCCACCUCCUGAAGAUUGACAAUCGAGAAGAUGAGCUGGUGACCAGGGUCAACUCCUGGUGUACACAUUUAGUGGACAAGAUUCACAAGGAUGAAAUCAUGCGGAACCGCAGGCGAGUGAAGGAGAUCAACCAGUACAUCGACCACAUGCAGAACGAGCUGGACAACCUUGAAUGCAGCGAUAUCAUAGAUUAGGGGUGUGUCAGCACAGAGGGCUACUGUUGAAAACAGCACUUGGCCCUGACCAGGAGAGUGCCCACUUCACUGACCACCUCAGCAGGGAGUUACUGAGGAUUUCUCAACCCACACCCUCAUGAAGUCGUUUCUCCACCACCCCUGGGAAUACUUCCAAAGGUAGAGAAAAAUAAAGGAGUCAUGUUCUUCUCCAUCCUCUAAAGAUGUCAUCAGAAUCUCAGUCACACAUGAGCAGAAGAGGCCAAGGCAAGCACUCUGCCAGUCUGCUGCAGCAACUCCCUGGGGCUGCCAGCUGGCCAGACACUCAGGGGUGGCCUCUGGCCAGCAGGGUGCAGCCCCCUCUGCCACGCCCGGGGCAGGCUGCUGGGCCCUUCUCUCCUCGGGGAGGCUGCGGCUCCCUGUGUGUCUAAGCGUGGCCGCCAGGAUCCAAGGGCUCUCCAGAAGGUCAGCACACAGGCUGGGUACCCCAUAUCCCCCUGCAGCCUGAGUCUCUGUGCAGUGAGGGUGACAGCACCUUCUCUGAGCACAGUCAAGGGGCCAGGGAACAUGCAAGACAAGUGUGGGAAGCACCUGGCCUGUGGCCAGUGCCCCAUGAAUGGGAGCGAUGCCAUUUUGUCACUCAGCGUGCAAGGACAGACAGCUCAGAAAGCCUUUGCCACCUGAAACCAGACUCUCCAGUUUCCUUCUCCAUGGGCUCUGGCACCACACCACUGUGCCUGCCCAAGUCUGGAGGACACCUGGGCUCCCUAGGUGGGACACACGCACCUGUCAGGUCGCCUUGCCCACACCUGCCAGGGCUUUGAACCCAGAAAUAAUGUAUAUUUUCUAUUUCAAGAAUAAUUUUUUUUCUAAAACAGUAGAAACAAGUAAAAACAACUGGCUUAGCCAAGAGGACUUAUUUUCAAAUGAUUAUCUGAUUAGCCCUGGCUGGGUGGCUUGGUUAGUUGGAGCAUUGUCCCAUAUACUGAAAGGUCAUGGGUUCCAUCCCCGGUCAGAGCACAUGCCUGGGCUGGGAUUUGAUCCCCAGUUUGGGUGUGUACUAGAGGCAUCUGAUCAAUGUCUCUCUCUCACAUCAAUCUCUUUCUCUCUCCCUUUCCUCUCUCUCUAAAAUUAA